AUGCCCAUGAUGCCAAAUCCCAUGAUGAUGAUGAUGGCUGGUGCGAUGGCGGCUGCACAGGGCUCGCCUACAAACAGAUCCAGCUCUUCACCCCAGAGAUCCGAGCCAGAGCCUCCCAGCAAAAGAGAAGACAAGCCUUGGGAUAUGGACGCAGAUGUCAGAAAGUUAGGAGACCACUUCAACAUUGAAGACCGAUGGCUUGUGCGGCUCGAUGAGCUGAUGAGAAGGCGCAGAGAGACCAAAGAGCAGGAUCUGGCCAAGCUUUAUGAAGUCUUAGAGCAAGCUCGAAGCCCCACAGGGCUUCUGGUCGCCAAGCUCGGUGAAAUGGAGUGUGGGCAAUUUGUUGGCAAGGUCAAGCCAGAUCGAAACAUUGAGCGUUUGGCCACCAGGUACAACUUGGACACGCGUGUAGUUUCCAGACUUACAGAGCUGAGGGUGCGUCGAAAGAGAACUCAACAAGAGGAUUUCAAUCGACUCGAGCAGCACCUCAGCCUUUGCAAGAGACCCUCUGCGACAGCAACGCUCCUGAUUGGCAAGCUGCUUGAAGGAGAGUUGAAGCAAAUACCAGACGUGACUUCGGCGAAAGCUCUGGCACAGAGGUUUAAACUGGACAAGGAUGCCAAGUCGAAGUUACGUGAAAUCGCUGAGAAGCGAGCAGAUGAUGUUGAUGAGGUUAUGGCGCACCUUGAAAAGACUCUUUUGAUGUCGCACCAGCCCUCGGCUACACUGUGCAAGUUGGCAAAGACACUAAUGGAUGGCGGAAAGAAAAAGAGUGCCGACGAAAAGUAUGUUGGUAACUCUGAUACGGAUGAGCGCAGUCCUGAAGAGAGGCCGCGGAGUCGGAGUGCGCCCCGCAGCGAAUGCAGCACGGACAGCAGCAGCAUCCGAAGAAGACGUGCAGCCUUGGAAAGAAGAAGCCGGAGCAGGUGCGCUUGUUAUAUUGCGAAUUUGUAG